AGGGAGGAGUCGACCGGAUGGAAGAAUGAGGGGGCAGUGUGAGUGUGUGUGUGGAGUGUGAAAAUCUCACAGGUGUCGGAGUCAGAAGUCCAGCGCUGCACGUUGCUGUAUUAUUAAAUCUUUCGACAAAACGAACGGCAAAAGCGGAAGUUUCACUCACACGCGAAGUCAGUAACAGUCCGCGGAAUAAAUAAGGUCAGAAGUGAUAGUGACAACUUAAUGAAGUCAUCUUACCCUAUUUGACUGUUUAAAGCAUUUAAAAUUGAUAUUUCUGCGAUUCACUCUGUUGUUGGAGUAAAGAGAGGAGUCUUUAUUUGCUGAAGAUGCACAUGAAUUCAUCUUUAAUUUGCUCCGGACAGCCAUCAGAGGAAGAUUUUUAAUCCUAAAGAUCUUCCAUUAAGUCCGAAGUCAGGUUCUAUUUCUGUGGAAUUUUCCCAGUCCCGCCAGAGCAACUACAGGGGUCUUCCAUAUGAUCCUAAAUAAAUAAAUAAUAUUAAUAUUCUGAAGGAUCAAUAGAUUGUGGCUCAUCUGUUUUUGGUGCAAGGCGUUGGACAAAUUUCAUUGAGGAGGAGCAUUUUAGUGCAUCAGUUUAUUUUGAAACGUGGAACAUUGGAUGACAGAUUCUUUUGGCAUCUGUCAGGUGUUUGGUUGGACUUGAUUUGAAUUGUGUUGCACAAGCAGCUAACUUUGAGAUUUCAUUUAGCCCUUUAUGAACUGAAUUGCAGUUUUUUGUUAGGUGGACAGGAACUUGAAGUGAAAAACCAAAAACAGGUUGUUGCUGUUCACUUGUGCAAAAGAGAACCUCAAAGAGUCUUCUGUGUAUUGAAGAAUUAACUGUGGAUUUAAUAUUAACAAGCAAGGGGAUGAUGAAAAGAGCUGUAUUGUAAUUAGCCACAAAGUUACAACAUUUUAAAAUUACUGUAUUGCGAGUGUCCCCGUAUAUUAGCUUGCCAAAAGCCACCUUAUUUUCCUGUAAGCAUCUUUUAUUCUUUGCCGUUCCACACCUUUCUGUUGCACUGUUCCAUUUCGUUCUUCCAGAUCUUCCUUCUGCUGUCCUACCUCUAGUCCCAUUGCAUCCUCUCAUUCCACUCUCUUCUUGGUCUCCUCGUCUCAUCCAUAAGUCCAUCUGCUAUCCUUCUCCCCAUUGGCCUCAUUCCUCUAUAGAUAUCUGUGGUGUGGCUGUUCUUUCGUACCCAAACACACAUUUGCUUUUACACUUUAGCGAGUUUUUCCUCCAACUCCACUGUUCACGCUGGCGGGCACCAUUCCACCUAAAGGAGAGGAGGACUUUCUAACGCUUGCUGCCUCCCGGCUCAGCCGCCGCAAGCGUGUCAUAGGAGCGGCCGUGGGUGUGGCCAUGGUUCUGAUUCUCCUGGUCACCAUCCCAUUACUGGUCCACAACACUAAAGGAGGAGGAGCCAAUGCGGGAAGCCAUUAUGAAAUGCUAGGAAGUUGUCGGAUGGUUUGUGACCCCUACACCACUCCUCAUGGCCAGGAGCUAACGGCUGUUUCACCCCCACCUCCUGAUUUUCCAAACCGGAGAGGGAAAUCUGGUUAUCGGGGACCUCCAGGGAGCCCAGGACCACCUGGUCCACCUGGAGAGCCUGGAAAGCCAGGUCCACAAGGGCCUCCGGGUCCUGGGCCUGGCGGUUAUGUGCCGUCGUUCUACAGCCCUAAGAUUGCAUUUUACGCAGGCCUGCGCAAGCAACAUGAAGGAACUGAUGUGCUCAAAUUUGAUGAUGUGGUGACCAAUGUUGGCAACUACUAUGAGCCCAGCACUGGAAAAUUCACAUGCCCUCUACCUGGUAUCUACUUCUUCACAUACCAUGUCCUGAUGAGAGGAGGAGAUGGGACCAGUAUGUGGGCAGACCUCAAGAAAAAUGGGCAGGUGAGGGCCAGCGCUAUCGCCCAGGAUGCUGAUCAGAAUUAUGACUACGCCUCCAACAGUGUGAUCCUGCAUUUAGACGUGGGAGAUGAGGUCUGUGUGCAGCUGGACGGAGGGAAAGUCCACGGAGGAAACACCAACAAAUACAGCACGUUCUCUGGCUUCCUCAUCUAUGCUGACUGACCUGCUCAUGAUGCUGCUCUACACACUCAGAUGUACUGUGUACACACACACACACACACACUCAUACAGUUACCUUCACACACUGAACAGGCUUGAAAGAAAUGGACAUGGUUUAUACUGAGUGGAAGGGCUUCACAGAUAAGAAUUCCUUUCAUAAAGCAGAUUUCCAAGAUUAUACACUACUCCCAAACGUAAAUUAAAACGCAUAUAAAUAUAUGUCUAUAUCUAUCCUGAACAUUGACACACUCAUAUUUUAAUGUGUGUACUUGUUGGUGUACUUGUCUCCAUUUUGUGUGUCAAUCAAAACCUUGAGAUUCCAAGUCACUCUCUGUAGUCGACAUGCUUUAUGUUGAGCUGAGCUGCAUUUACACAUGGCUAGACUUGAAACAAAAUCGGUGCGUAAACAUACUUUUUAUUCACUAGAUGCAGCCGUAGCUCAAUACAGGCACGUAUAUAUGCGUCCGCACACACAGAGCAGGGCUAGUGGUUAAUUGAAGUCCUCUUGUUCAAUUCAUUUGACUUAAAGUGACUGUUUUGGCCGUCUUUAAUUAUAUGUGGAAUUGGAAAUAUGGUUCAUAACAGCCACACAGAUGGAUUUCCAAUCACUCUACAGAAUACAGCUCAGACCGGAAUGUUAUUAUAUUGAUUCAGUCAUUAGACUCUUCAAUAUUCAAAUUUAAACCAACACAAUGUGCGAACACAAUAUGUUUUAAACACAUAAAUAAUGUGAUUAUUUAAUACUUUUUAAAGGGGAGGAUGUUGUACCCCUCUGUGUAAGUCUAGUAAAACAUAUUAUAAUGUAAAACUUUAAAUCAGAAUGAAAAUAUUCCACUCUUGACAAUGAAUUAUGCAUUUUAUAUCUUAUCUGCAUUAUGUUCUAGAAUUAUUUAUAUAGAGAUUGUAGAUUUAUUGAGCUAGUACUAUAAAAAGUCUAAGAAAUUAAUUUAAUUUUUGGAAUAUAUUUAAAAUUUAACACUACUGCAAUGCAUUUAAGAGAAGGUCAAUACAUAUUCACAUACAUUUUUAUGUAUUAUGUUUUAGAAUAUGUGUUUAUAGAAGUUAUACAUUUAUAAAUCAAGCUUAUAUCUAUAUAUUUUUUUCUGUAAUAUCAUGCCCAAUAAGAUUGCUAUUUUAUGAGAAAUGAUACCAAAAGUUUGAAAGAUAAUUCUGACAAUAAUGUGUCCUCAAACAUUUUAAAUCCAGACUAAAUUUAGUUUAAUUUAAAUAAAUCUAGAUAAAUCUUUGUAAGAAAUCCAGCAUGAAGUAGUUGAUGACACAAGUCAAGCCAUGUGCAAAUGAUGCAAAUAUACAAAUAACAUGUCAAAAACAUUCCCUAAUCUCAAACAAUUCAAUAAUAAAUCAUAUUCAAAUAUCUUUGUUUCAUUUUUAUGUAACAUUUGUACAAAUGACUAUUCAAAAAACCUUGCAACGUGUUAAGUGAAUACUAAAACAUAUGGCAAACAUAUUUCUGUCAUGCAAAAUUAUUCUCUACUAGAGAGAGAAACAAAAUGUCUGAAUCAGAGACGUGUUUACCAGAGAAUAAAAAUUCAGUCUUUUGGAGACAAAAAAAAAAAAAAAAAAAAAAAAGAAAGAAAGAAAAACCAGCUAAACAAGAACGAUACUUGGAUUCUACCUGGGCAUGUCAGGGCUAAAACGAGAGAAGAAACCUUUAAUUAAAAGUGAGAGGUAAUGACAUUCCGGCCUUAAGGCUUUGGUGAAUCUGUAGCCUAUGGGAAUAUGUGGGGGAUCUCAGCGUGUCCGUGGCCAGCCUCCUCGCGCUCUCCUGCCAGAUUCCAGUUGAAAGUUAAUUGGACGGGGAGAGGUCUGAGGCGGCCUGCACUGAGGCCCAUUAGUGAUUCCCCUGUCGAAUGCAGAGCCACGAGGAUCACAGACUCACAAAUAGGCAGAUUAAAAUAAUCAAUACACUUCACUUGCCUCCAACACAUUCGCACAAGUGCGCGCAGAAACAGACCUGCAUGCACAUCCACACACAAAUCCGUGCAAAAUGAAUUCAGUAAUUAGUGGAGGACCUAUUCACCACUGGUGUAUGAUACUUGGCUCUCUGGCUCUCGCUCCGAGAGUGUAUGUGCCGUCUAAUGAGGGGGGAAUAGUUCUGACUGGUGCCGAGCACAGAGACAGAAAAGGUCAGGGAGCUGUUGAUGGGCUCGUCUUGACACACAAUGCAUCAUGGGGUAUUUCAGCACAAUCAAAACAAACCCUCAGAUUACAUGUAGAUAUAAAUAAAAUGUAUACAAAUAAAUAUAUGGUCAUUAAGAUACACUAUUGUGAAAAGUUUAUAACAGGUCAGUGUAAUAUAUAUAAAUGAACAACUCGUUGAACCUUAAAGCAGAUGGGCUACAGCAGCAGAAGACCCCACUGGGUGACUUUCUUGUCAGGUAUGAACAGGAAACUGAGGCUAUAAUUCACAGGGGCUCACCAAAAUUGGACAAUAGAAUAUUGGAAAAACGUUGUCUGGUCUGAUGAGUCUCCAUUUCUGUUACAACAUUCAGAUGGUAGGGUCAGAUUUUGGUAUAAACUACAUGAAAGCAUGGAUCCAUCCUGGCCUGGUGUAAUGGUGUGGGGGAGAUUUUCUUGACACACUUUGGGUCCCUUAGUAUCAAUAUAGCAUCGUUUAAAUACCACAGCCUACCCGAGUAUUGUUGCUGACCCCUUUAUGACCACAGUGGACC